CGCCGCCCGUUCAGUCAGUUUUUGGUACCGGUUCGUUUUGUCGUCGUCACCGUGUGUUGCGCGCUCAUAAACGGUUACGAGUGUGUCGAUACGUAUACGUACAGUGUUCCGUGUACGCGAAAGUGCCGAUCGCCGUGAUGUCUUGUUCGCGUCGUAAAAGUGCUUGAUCCAUACGGUUUUUUUUUAACAAAUUUCGACCUGCCGGCAACGGUGCGCGAGUGCGAUUUUAAUAAAAUUUCACUCGGGAUUUGACAUCCAGGAUUUUCCGAGCAGCACAAAAUCGACAUGUCGUCGUCGUCUUCGCAGUGAUAAUACACAGGUACUCGGAGUCCGUGUAGUUCAGUGUUGACGUGUGCGUGUGCGUCGUCGGCGAAAUAAAUAUAUUUUGUAAAUCGUGUUUAAAUUACAUUUUUCUAUUGGUCGCGAUCGCGAAAAUGUGGUGGUUUAACAGCAAUCGCGGUUCGCGGUUCUUGGCCGCGGCGGCGUUGCUGGCGCUCGUGGUGCCGUCCUCGGUCCUAUCGUUCGAGGGCUGUCCGGCCGUGUGCUCUUGCAAGUGGAAAGGCGGCCGACGGACGGUCGAGUGCGCGGAUCGGGCGCUGAUAACCGUGCCGAUGGGUGUGGACCCGGAAACCCAAGUGCUGGACCUGUCCGGCAACAACCUGCAGAUAUUGCCCAACGAGACGUUCUACAAGGCGGGUUUGGCCAACCUGCAAAAGGCGUAUCUGCGCAACUGCCGCAUCGGGCAGAUCGACGAGUCGGCGUUCCGCGGUCUGACCAACUUGAUCGAGCUGGACCUGUCCAACAACAUGCUCACGUCCGUGCCGUCGCACGUGUUCAGGGACGUGCCGUACCUCCGCGACCUGUCCGUGGCCGGCAACCCCAUACAGAAGAUCGAAGCGCGCGCCUUCUCCGACUGUCCGGCCGUCGUCAAGGUGGACGCGUCCCACUGCGGGCUACAGUCCGUGGCGGGCCACGCGUUCGACGGCGUAGUCAGGCUGGAGACGCUCCGCAUCAACGACAACCGGUUGACUGAACUUUCGGCGACCGUGCUCGAGUCGCUCACGAAACUCCGGUCCGUCGAGCUGCAUGACAACCCGUGGGUGUGCGACUGUCACCUGCGACCCAUGAAACUGUGGCUGUCCAGUAACAACGUGCCGUACAGCCAACCGCCGCUGUGCUCGGGCGGCCCCGACCGGCUGUCCGGCAAACCGCUCACCGAACUGGACGUGGAGGACUUCGACUGCCGACCGGACGUGCGCGCCGAGUCCCGAUACGUGGAGGUGACCGAGGGCAACAACGCGACGGUCCGGUGCCGGGUCGAACCGGGUUCGAUGGCGCACAUCGCGUGGUACCUGAACGGCCGCCGGUUGCAGGGCGCCGGUACGCCGGCCAUCGGAUAUCCGGGCGCCGCGUCCGCCAACCCGCGAAUGUUCUUCAUUGACGGUGUGGACGAGGAGGACGGCAGCCGCCGGAGCGAGAUGACGCUGACGGACGUGCGGCGCGAAGACGCGGGUCAGUAUUCGUGUCUGGCCGAGAACCGGGCCGGCAACUCGGAAGCCAACUUCACGGUCUACGUGACCGACCGGCCGUCCGUCAUCAUGUCCACGUUCGGUUCGGCGCACGUCAACGGCGUGGCCGCCGCCAUGGCCGCGCUAAUCGUGUUCAUACUGGUGUUGAUCGCGCUGACCGUGAUGCGCAUCCGGCGGUCCGGAUAUCCGGCCGACACCAAGCCCACAGAAGCAGCAGGAAAUCGCGGUAGCGGCAAACCCAACACCGGUUCGAUGGCCAUGAACGGAGGUGGAGCAACGAUGGGACGCGGCGGCGGAGGAUACGGCAAUAACGGCAUGUUGGCCGGAGGCGGCAAGACCAAUCCGGCGCUGGACAUAUCGUCCGUGAUCGAGCGCAACUACGAUCCGGACCUGGAACCCGGGCUGGGAUCUGUGUGCACGCCAACGGGAUCGUAUCACGUGGCCGGAUUGGACCUGAUACACGACCACGACGCUUCCCGGCUGGAGAUGUGCGAUUCGCCGAUGUCUUCGACCGCCAAACCUCCUCCGUCGUAUUACAGCGGAGCCAGGACUGUGUCCGGUAGCGGGAACGUGCGCCCGUACGACGAUCGGACGCCGAUCAUCGGCACCGGAAGUGCGGGCGACGCGUACAGCGUGGGCACCGGAUCCGACGAAGUUUUCUCGUACAACAGCCAACAGCAGUUGCACUACGGCGGCGGCGGCGGCGGCGGUCAUUACGCCCAACAACAACAAGCCGUCGGCGGAGGCAGCGUCAACAGCGAUUAUCCGGCCGACUACGGUCUGCCGAUCAUACCGACCGGACAUCAUCACCUCAAUCAGUCUUCGACCAACGUGUCUCAGUACAGCCAACAUCCACAGCAACACCCUCAACAGCAGCAACAUCAACAGUAUUACAACAACAACCACCAUCAUCAGCAACAGCAACAGCUUCACCAUCAACAGGAAUACGUUCAGCAACAGCAAGACGUGUCCCAACAGCCGUCGGUCAAGACGCUGCGAGUGUGGCAGAGGGGCGUACCGGUGUUGCCCACCACGCCGUCCCUGCAGAGGUUCGCCAACAGGACUUCGCCCACCACGCCGGGCACGGACGUCUGAGCGUAGAAAUCGGUUCGAGUGGUAGUCAAAGGUCGUCGUCAUUUUAUCCUCUCGACACCUGUACCUAACCCGUAAUCUUAUUGUACCGUUUUGCUUCGUUUCGUUUUAUUUAUUAUCGUGUAUACCUACGGCGCGUUUCGUUCCUUUUCGCGUUACUUUUCUACGAUUUUUUGUUGUUGUUGUUGAUGUUGUUGUAGUCAUAGUUCAGUAGUUGUAUACUGUUAUUUUUAAUUGCGUGCUCGGCGUGUGACGCAACCGCGAUGACCCGAAACGGACGAUUUUUUCCAUCUCGAAAACACUCCAGCGGAGUUGCAACCAAAAUCUACAGCUUAAUCAUCGGCGUAGUACAUCUGCGCAGUAAUAAUGAUUUUCGGUAAAACCUCUGACCGGUUAGGCUCGGUUUUUUUUUUUUUGAGAAAAAUAUUACAUUUUUCCUACUUUUCGAAAACAGAAACGAAACGGAAAAAACCGGCCGUGAGAUCUCAUUCGUUACGGAGACUCGCGUCAUGCCCAAUGUUGUUCCUCUUGUACAUUAUUGUAAUAGCUUAUGUAUAUAUAUUAUAUUAUUGAUACAUACGGCGUGAUGUAUAUUAUGACUAUAUUGCGCCGUAAAAAAUGUAUAUGUAAGUGUAAGAUAGGCAUAGUAUUAUAUUUCCCCCCAAAAUAUGGCUGUGAUGAUGCGGUUUGUUUUUUGCUCGAUGGUGACAAAGAAAAACCUAUUUUUUUUUUUAUUAUUUUUUUUUUUUUAAUUACCUCUGUAAGAUAAAUAUGUUGAAAACAAUAAUAAAAAAAGAAUUUAAGAUUAUUCUAUGUUUAACGCAAACGACUAUUACAAUACAAUACGAUUACGACAAUGACGAUACCUAUACCUAAUAUUAUGUAUUGGCGUACUCACGGCGCAUCGCUGAAAUACCAAAUCAAACAUUAUUAUUAUAGUAAGUUGCAGUUAUAUAAAUAUUUUAUUGUAAUGUAUAAAAUGAUAAAUUAAUAUAUCUCUCGUGUUCGUGGUGCGCCAAACCUCGGGUAGUCCGUCAUCGUCGUACACUAUUACGCAUUGUCACUAUACAUAUAUAUUUUAAUAUAUUGUUGUGAAAACUACCUAUAUGUUUAAAAUUUAUAAUUUGUAUUUUAUAAUAUUAUCAUUGUUAUACAUGUAUAUAAUAUAAGGACUUUUAUUUAUUUGUCAUAUGUAGAUAAAAAUAUUUAAUAUAUUAAGCAUAUCGCAUA